UAUAAAGAAGAUUAGUGCUGGUGGGGUGUGAGGGUGAGUUAGCUGAUUGACGGAAGGAACUGGAUGGAAGUUGAUCUAAUUAUCCUCUCACAAAAAAUAAAGGAAGUUGGCCUGGAAGGGAGCACACCUGGACUUGUUACUGACUCACUAGUUGCUACUGCCCUUUAACUUUGACGCAAAAAAUGCACCAUGCAAUGAAGGGAUUUUAUGCUCUCAUCUCCCCUUUCUCUCCAUCAUCAUUCAUGCAUCGACGAAAUAUUAUGCAACUGGUGCAUUAUCCUUCCAGCAAACUAUCGUCGCAUGACCCAUCCGGUGGCUUGGUUCUUGCAAAGUGGAGGCAAAGUGAGAAAGUUAUUUUCUCUCACAAAUAUGGUUAAAAAGCAGUCAUUCAUUACCAGACCACCACCAUUUGUGUCGUAUUAUAGAAUGAAAGAGGCGAUAUUUUUUCAAAGGUUUGUCAGAGUGACUGACUGCCUAGAGUUGACUUUGUAGGCAGUACGUAUACAGGUUUGUUAAUUGAACUGAGAAGAGGAAUGAAUGACCAACUGUCCAGGUAGAUCGGAGAAUGGACCAGGACCAACCAACAGCCAUAUCAUAUCCUAUCCAGCCUCAUUUAUGGAUGUGUGGAAUAUGUGGAUGGCGUUGUUGAUUUAUAUGGGGCGAGUUCCGGUAACUGAGGAAGUCACUCACUUCCGCUCGCUCGUUCUCCUCCACAACCACUAUUUAUUAACCCUUCUCCAUUCUCCCCUCAGUCAGCCCCGUAUGCAGAAUCUCAUGUAUCGCAGUCAUUCUCCAACUAUCUGCGCCUCGCUCCACACGACCCACACCCAGCUUCAGAAGGAUAAAUGUCCUAAGAAUUAAUCAAAAAGUACAUACUAAUCGUAAGUGUUAAAUGGUGAACGGUACUCUCACACUUCACAUGCAUACAUUUGGACUUAUUAAGACAGGGACGUCUUCAAGAGGCUUGGUGGUCAUAUUCUUAAAAUGCCCCCAAUCAACGCAGCAGUGACUUAUCGGAUUGCAGAAUAAGCUUCCCCUGGAGUAUAAAUACUUCGGGUCGACCAUGGAAUAAGGUACUAUACUUGGGGUCGAGUUUUAUAAGUGCAUAGGUGUGGUGUUAGUGGGCGUGGUGCUCAAAGAUGGUGAUGACCUUGGUGUUGGGUGGCUGCUCUGAGUCUCAAGUCCGGUUGCAACCUAUACUCGUCAAAGUUCCGAUUUUGUGUUCUCAACGUUCGACGAGCUACUGAGAACCUGCUCAACGCGUCCUCUGGCCUCGCCCCCUCCAGCCCCACCAGUAGACACUCUCCCUCAAUGUACUUCCGGGAGAGAGACCCCCCUGCCGUCGACGUAGAUCUUUUUUUAGCUACAGCCCUUCCUAAGCUCCUAAUGGCGGCGCUCAUCAUCUUCCUCAACGGGAUGGCAAUCGCGGGGUUGGUGCGGUCCUCCCGCACCUUGUCCUCUCUUCGGACGCCCGGCCUCCUAUUUCUCCCCCAGUCUACGCAAGGCCUACUCCACUCGCUCUUUGCGGCUUACCUCGCCCUCGGACUCAUCACCUUCUACUCCCAGGUAUCUCUCUCAGCCUUCGUCCUCCUCGAGUGGCGGAUCGUUGCGGAGCAGGGGAGUGAAUGUCUUUUGGUGAAUUGCGCCAUAAUUGCGCUCUCCAUCGCCAUCAGCCUCCACCUCCUCAGCCUCGCCGUGGACAGGGUGCUAGCCGAACGCCUUUCAUACUCAAAGUACAGCCAGCUCUCGCAAGGGACGGUGCCGUUGUGGCUAUUGGCAAUCUGGUUGCCGUCUGGAAUUAUAGGGGCCCUUCCCCUCUCUGGGUGGCGAAACCCCUUCAACUUUUGCAUCUUCCUUCACCAGUUCAACGACGACUAUCUCAGAUUCGUAGGGGGUUUCCACUUUGCCACGCUGGCUGCCAUCCCGGCCAUUUUUGUCCACCUCCACUGCUUCAUUCGGAGGACGACGCGACCCUCGCAGCAACGACCCCCAGUCGCCACCCUCUAUCGCUGGCAAAGGAAGUUGCGUUCUCAGCACGGACUUAUCUUUGUUGCUGCUCUUUCCCUCAAUGCACUCGCCUGGAGCCCAUUCCACGCUUAUUUGCUCCUCGUUUGUGCCACUUGUCCCCUGUCCGCGUACGGGUCCGGUUUCCUUCACGAGUACCUCUUUAUCCUCGCCCUUCUACCCGCCAUCCUUCUCCCUGCACUCACAUCCAUCCGAGCCUCCGUACUUACCCAGUGCGCCACCAAAGUGGCCACUUCUUGUAGCCGAGACCGGAGGGACACUAACCCCAUGAGCAGCCAGUCAUCAAAGCUCUUCUCCAUCCAUGACCAUAAUUAUCCCACCCGAACGACGACAACCACAACGACCACCAACACUGCCACCUCUUCAUCCAUAUACAGGGACACGCUGACGGGCCGGGGCAAAGGAUCUCUCUUUCUUCCUCGCUAUCUCCCUCCGUCCCAGGAACCUCACAUCCCUGCGACACGUUACGUGAAGAAAAAGACGACAAAUUCAAGUGGUCGUCGCCCUACCGGAUACGUUGCAGGGUUGGGUAUGUCGAAUCACUCCUUUGAACGAGAGUCACCAUCCACACAAGAUACCACUGACUCGUGUGGUGGGGUGGCAGGUCAGGAGGAGGAGGAAAUAAUGGAUGAAGAGCCAUACUACUCUCAAAUUAUUGGCCACACCCUUCCACGCCAUAACCAGCCCACUUACGAGAGAGCAUAAUAAUUAACUAUGUUGUCGGAUUCGUCUUGAGUGAUGAAAACCCUGAUUAAUUGUUGAAUAUUUAUAUGCAUUGUUAAAAGGAUUAUGUAUUUUAGAAGUAUGGCUUAUGGCGACCAUAAACUUGAGAAAGUGCAUGCUGCGAAGGGAAAGUUAAGAAGAAAGCUCCCUCUCAUUACUCCUAUUCGCUGUUAAUUAUGUAAAUAUUAACAAGGCUAAUUGUGUAGAUAUGUGCUAAUGCCAAAACCCAGUAACCCAUACACAUUGUUUUUAUUAGAACAAUGCCCUUCAUAAUGAACUGUAAAAACUAAACCAUGAUGACUUGUCGAAUACAUUAUUUACAUACCUAAAUACGUAUGCUCGUAUAUGAUCAUUUAUUAAUUAUGUAAAAAUAGUGUGAUAGAGUUUGAAGCGACGCACCUUACUAUUGCUACUGAUUGACAAACCGACCGUCAUUUAUUGAAUUCAUAUAUAUGAAUUCGAAUGGCCUAGAAGUUGUUGGUCAUGGUCCACUGUUCCACCACUUCAUUGGAACUGCUUAAUUACUUGUCGGAAUAACAAUAAUAAUGGUUCAUCCCCAUCACAGCGUCCUCCUCUGCGUGCUACUUGUUGUUACAACGAAGCUGGUGGUCGGUUCCCCGACUGCUCAUGCUCUUGUGGGUCACUUUGGGGACCAAUCUUUUGAUGGCAAAGCUGGAGUUUCGUUCUGUGGCUCACACACACGAACCCUACGUCCAGGGGAGACGGUUUACUUUUCCAAUGCCAAGCAUCGAUCACCAGCAAAAAUGAUGGACGACAUUAAUCAAGUUGAAGGAGAAUUGAGGGUCAAAAUAAAAAAUUCCCAACGGGGUUGGCAAUGGGUGAUCGGAGCAAGCCAGCAUCGACUACAGACACUGAAACCCGUUGCAGUGCAUAAUAAUAAUAAUAAUAAAGAUAACACUGACAUGGGGAAAUCUACCAUGGAGGAAGUUUGGCAAAGUUAUCAUCGUAUUAAUAAAAGCAGUGAUGCUAAUCAUGGGACGAAUAAAGGGAGCGGAGGGAAGAACGGAGGACUCCCCCUCCUGUACAGUGGCUACUUUAAACCCCCUUCGACCACCUUGGACAAAAAACAUCUCGAUCUUUUUGACCUCUUGGUGCAGGGAGGCGACAAAGGAGGAGGAGGAGGCGACGAAGUGAGGAAGCGCAGUCGCAAGAAGAGAAGUCGUUCCCAAGAUAGUGCAACGUCGUGCAGUUGGAAAUUCGCUGGCAAACGUGAGGGAAAAGGUUGUUCCCACCUCGUGACCCAUCUAAGCAGAGGCAGUACGGUCGACAUGUCCUGCGAUAAAGAAAGACUUGUCCUCACUACUACGACCAGCACGACAUAUUGCGGAAAGAGCGCUCGUCUACAGAAAACAACCACCCAUCCUGGUCACACCACGCUUCAACUCCGGCACGAGAAGGAUGGUGGAACAGGACAGUUGUUGGAGGGCUACGUUCUCUGCUCCCCAUGAUAAACAUGUCAUUGCUUAAAUUGUUGUAAAAAAAACCGACAGUAGUAGAUAUAUAUGGAUAGGCGCAAAAUCCGAUACAUUUAUUUUGGAAAAACAACAGUUAAUACGAGCUAACAUUACAGAAAAUAAAUAAAAUUCAUCAUUUCGAGACGAGAAUAAUUCCUACCACAAA